AUGGCGCAGAUACGAGGAACAGCGGGCUACCACCUUGGCAACCAGAGCCCGUUCGGCGGCCCCAGCAGGCCUGAAGCCACGAACGACCCCAGCCCGCUCGAUGCGAUCCGCGAGCAGACGAGCAAGAUCGAGGACUGGUUAGAUACGCUUUCGGAUCCUGUUAAGCCCUACCUCCCAGCAAUCGGCCGCUUCCUCAUCGUCGUCACAUUCCUAGAAGAUGCUCUCCGUAUCAUCACACAAUGGAGCGACCAGCUCACCUACCUACAUGACUACCGCCGCAUCCCCACCGGCAUAACGCACCUCUUCCUCCUCGUAAACGUCGUCGCAAUGACCAUCUCCUCGCUCCUAAUCAUCGCGCGCAAAUACUCCGAAUACGCCGUCAUGGGCCUCCUCGGCGUCGUGAUAACCCAAGCGCUCGGCUACGGCCUAAUCUUCGACCUCAACUUCUUCCUGCGCAACCUCUCCGUCAUGGGCGGGCUGCUCAUGGUGCUGUCGGACUCGUGGGUCCGCAAGCGGUUCGCCCCCGCAGGGCUGCCUCAGAUCGCGGAGAAGGAUCGCAAAAUGUACUUCCAGCUUGCGGGGAGAGUGCUGCUGAUCUUCUUGUUCGUGGGGUUCGUGUUUUCGGGCGAGUGGAGCGUUGGCAGGAUCUUGGUUAGUGGACUUGGGGCUGUGGCGUGUGUGAUGGUGGUUGUGGGGUUCAAGGCCAAGUGGAGCGCCAUCAUGCUAGUGGUUAUUUUGAGCAUCUUCAACGUGCUUGUUAACAACUUCUGGACGCUCCAUCCUCACCACCCACACAAGGACUUCGCCAAGUACGACUUUUUCCAGAUCCUCUCCAUCGUGGGUGGCCUGCUCCUGCUGGUCAACAUGGGGCCGGGCCAGUUCAGCGUCGACGAGAAGAAGAAGGUGUACUGA